AGCCUGGUCAGAAAAAAAUCCAGUUUGCAUUUUGCAUGAAUUUAAUGAUUUUUCAACAAAAAUCUAUCCAUUUAAUAAUGAGACAUAUAAUCAAUUUAAUGAUAUUCGAAAAUAUUGGAAUUUUGCUGCUGCUUUCAACAAAGGAAUUAGGAAUAGUAGCUUGCAGAUUAUAUAG